AUGUGUCAAUACGUGUUCAUCGGUGUUGACGUCACCACCAACUACUACAUCCGGGGCCUUCCUCCCGAGCUGGCCUGUCGGGUGAAGGAACUCCAGGGGCGCUAUCUCACCGGGGGGAUCGCCAUAGGCCUACAGCACAAUUCGCCCUUUAGGAAGUUUUUCGAUAACAGCCUGCAGAAGUUCCGAGAAACCGGCCUCAUGAACAAGCUGAUCCAGAGAUGGCUGUCUGCUGAAAGGACCUGCAACAUUGGCACCAUCGUCUCUGCAGGGAUAGUGGACGUGGCGACCCUCUUCAUCCUCCUGGUCCUAGGGAUAGGACUCAGCGUGGUCUUCGUCGUGGGUGAAAUCGGGGUACGAGAGAUUAGAAGGAAGAGAAUAGGGUUGAAGCGAGUGGAUAGUUGUCCUACGCCUCUGAGAGCACACUUCAGUCCCAACGUCCGAUAGAAGCUUCUGCUGUACUUGCAAAAUUAUCUCCUUCAGAUAAUUUUCUUAGACCCGGGCAUGGGACAAGACCGGUAGAUGUUUAUGGCGUGAAAUAACGGUGUAGAUACAUGAGAAGAUUAUGUAUAAAUGUUUGUUUGCUCUCGACGCAGAAAAAAAGAUCGUUGGUAAGUUGUUUGUGUUGGUUAUUUUGGCUGUGUGAUGAUGGUUGUUUGUGUUGGUGAUUUCGUCCGUUUGGUGUAGA